GAUUCGUCUCCUUCAUUUUUGGUAUCCCGCGCAACUUUCUUCUUCAUCUCUCUCUCUCUCUGAGUUUGAGUUCUCUCUAAAUCGAUUCGGCCAAAUUCACUUCUCUUGAUUGGUGGUUCAGAUCGUGCCGUCUCGAAUUCGGGGUUGAGUAGACACUGGAUCACUGACCCGACCCGAAUUAUUAAUGUCGGAAGUGAAGGAGACGGGUGGGGUUUCUAUUGGCGGCGAAUCGUUGAGAGCGUCGCCGAAGGUUCUGACGGCUGGUGAUCGGAAAUUACUUAAGGUGGAGCUACGGCCAGGGGAUACGACGUAUGUUUCGUGGAAGAAGCUUAUGAGGGAUGCUAGUAAGGUCAAUGGUUCAUCGGCUUCGGUUCCCGAUCCGCCUCCUAAUGCUAACCCUAACCUCGAGUCUCGAAUUGCACCGCCAGGGCAGCCAGCAGAAAUUGAAACGAACGAUCAACCUCAUUCUAACCGUUUCAACGCUGUUAUUGAGAAGAUAGAGAGGCUCUAUAAGGGUAAUGAUAGCAGUGAUGGGGAAGAGUUAGACGGUGCUCCUGACGAUGAUGAGUAUGACACUGAAGAUUCAUUUAUCGAUGAUGCCGAAUUGGAUGAGUAUUUUGAAGUUGAUAAUUCAGCAGUUAAACAUGAUGGAUUUUAUGUCAAUAGAGGAAAGUUAGAGCGGAUAGAACCUUCGACAACAUCUAACCAGCAACCCAAAAAAAGGCGACGCAAAGAUCCAGCAAAACCCUUUGGUGAUGCUGUUGACGUAUCUGAUAAACACACCAAGUUGUCCUUAACAGCUAGGGGAUUUACUCAGAAAAGAGAUGGUUCUAAUGUGAAGUCUAAAAUCUCCAUCCUCGAGAAAGCCAUAAGGGAAUUGGAGAAGGUGGUUGCCGAAUGUGAAAUGCUUUUGUGGAAGCAGGCAAGCCAGGGGAAAUAUACGGCAGAGUUAAUCAACCGUCUUAUGAGCAUUGUCGGUCACCUAAUCCAGCUUAGGUCACUAAAGAGGAACUUGAAAAUCAUGAUUGAUAUGGGCGAUUCUGCAAACCGAGAAAAGGAUACUAGGUUCCAGCAAAUCAACAAUGAAGUUCUUGAUAUGAUAAAAGCGAAAGUUUCUUUGAUGGAAACGCAGGAAACUAAACCAGAAGGUGGAACAUCAGACGAUUUUCAUGACCCUGUAGAAAAGCCAUCUUUGAAGAAGUUUGUCAUGGAUGCGGCGUUGGAGGAUAAAUUGUGUCAUCUAUAUGAUAUCUUUAUUGAGGGACUGGAUGAAGAAGAUCAAGGUCCACCAAUAAGAAAGCUAUAUGCCAAUCUGGCUGAACUCUGGCCAAAUAGAUUAAUGGAUAAUCAUGGGAUCAAGCGUGCAAUUUGCCGGGCAAAAGAGAGGCAAAAAGCUUUGUUUGGGAACCUUGGGAAGGAGAUGGAUCAAACAAAGAUGAAGAAGAGCAGGAAGCAGUUGGUAACAAAAACAGAGUGGACAGCUCAGCCCAACACGGAAUCAGUGGCUCAGAGACGACAAAGUGGAGAGAAAAUGACUGUUGAUCCAAACGCAACCAGCACUUCCUUGGUCACCAGUCAAACUAUGGUUGACAGAUCAAAGCAGCAGCAUGAGAAGCUAAAGGGAAGCUUAAACUCGUGCAAUCCUCCAGAAGAAACAAGAGUGGUCAAGAGAAAGACAACAGAGGGCAUAAUGGCAGAGAAACAAGUCGUUCUUGCCCUGAAGAAGCCGGAACAUCCACCGACACGUGUUAUCCCAGUUCCUCAGAAUUUGAACAUCGCACAUACAACUCCGGACCUGAACUUGCCAAGUUGA